UCUCUGUUCCACUUCGUCUCUCUCUCACUCUCUUCUUCAUCACACCGAGAAAUUCGAAAAAUCCCAAUGGCCAAGAAACUUUCCAACCCUCUAGAAGAUCCACCAACCGCUUCUUCAAGCGACGAAGACGAAGUUGAGAUUUCAUCUGAACAAGAUGAUGAAGAACAGAUCUCUAAUUCUUCUUCUGAAGAAGACGAACCCAAAGAUCCCGUCACAAUUCCCUCCACUAAAACCCCAAAAUCUCCUUCCGCCGCCGCUCCAACUUCCGAUUCUGACUCAGAUAAGCCAAUCGUCUUCACCAAACAGAUGAGGAAGGAAGGUACCGAUUCACCGGCGGUGAAAUCAGGGAAGAAGCGAGCUAGUGAAGGAACCACCUCAAAGGACAUCAAAAAAGCUAAGAAAGUUUCAGGAGACGACGGUAACAAAAAGCCGCGUUUUCAGAGAUUAUGGACUGAAGAAGAUGAGAUCUCUCUGUUACAAGGCAUGAUUGAUUUCAAAGCUGAGACAAGUACAAGUUCUUAUGAUGAUAUGAAUGGGUUUUUUGAUAUCGCCAAGAAAUCUGUAAGCUUUGAUGUUAGUAAAAACCAAUUCGGUGACAAGAUUAGAGGUUUAAAGAAGAAGUAUUUUGGUCAAAGGAAGAAGAAAAGUGUUGAAUCGGAUCAUGAUAAGAAAUGUUUGGAAUUGGCUAAGUCUAUUUGGGGACUUGAUGGUAUUGGUGUUGUUGAAUCUCCUGUGAAAUCUAAGAAGAAAGAUGAAUCUGUUGUUAAGGCUAAUGGGAAGGAGAAGAAGUUCGAGUCUUUGGUUGAAGAAGAUAAGGAAGUGGUGAAUCUUGGAGGAGAUGUGAAAUCUAAGAAGAAGAAAGAUGAAUUUGUUGUGAAGGCUAAUGGGAAGGAGAAGAAGUUGGAACCUUUGGUUGAAGAAGAUAAGGAAGUGGCGAUUCCUGGAGGAGAUUCGGAGUCGUCGAAUUGGUUUGAGAAAUCUUUUUUGGUUCGGGUUGUUGCGAGUCUCGGUGUGGAUGAGUGUUUUGUGAAGUGGAAAUGGAGUAAGGUGCCUGUGGAGACUAAGAAGAAGAUUGAAGAGAAGAUAAAGAUGGUGGAGGCUAAGGAAUUUGAGUUGUUGUCGCAGAAGAUUGAUAUUUUGAAGGAGGUGAGUUCGGUGAUUACUGAAACCAACUAAGAAUAAGUAAUUGGAUUGUAUCGGUAUAUCGGUUUUUAAUCGCGGGUUUAAUGGAGAUGUAAUGCCUCUUUUGUUAUCUUAGGAUUUAUUGUUCUAUCUACGUAUUCUUGUUUGAGAAUUAGCUAAGAAGAGGAAGACAAGUUGUCUAAAAAGCCUUUUGGUCGAUGGUUGUAAUGAACUUAAGACUUUGUA